CCGUUACCCGUCGCCUGCCACCACCACCGCCACCACCGCCCCCCGUCUCUAUAAAAAGGAAAGGAAGGGGGGGAACGAAAAUCGAACCUUCUGCUCCCUCCGUCACCAGCCACCAACCGCGGGGGAGCAAGGGAGCGCGCUCUCUCCUUGGCGUCUUCGAAGCGGACGGACCCCCUCGCGCUCGUCGUCGAAAUCGCAUUGCCCCCCGUCGUUUCUCCGUCGUUUCGUCGCGGUGUGUGAGUUUUUUCGGGAGGAUUUUCGUUGCGCGCGGUCCCUGGAAUCGGAGGGGAGCGAUGAGGAAGGAGCGGAGGAGCAAGAUGAAGGGGAGGGUGUCCCGGAUCGGGAGCUACGCGAUCGCGUCGUCGGUCGGCGAUCGCCAGCACCCGUGCAUUACCUGCACCACCUUCAACAUCCUCGCCCCUAUCUACAAGCGCUUGAACCUCAAGGAUCCGAGCUGUCGCGAAAGUGAUUGCAGAGCGUAUUGGCUCGGCAGGAAUCAUCGGAUAUUGGAUUGGUUGUUGGAUGAGAGGUCGUCCAUCAUUUGCCUUCAGGAGUUCUGGGUCGGCAAUGAAGAGCUCGUCAACAUGUACGAGAAGAGGCUGGGGGAUGCUGGUUACAUCAGUUUCAAGCUUGCGCGGACCAACAACCGCGGAGAUGGAUUGCUGAUUGCUGUUCGCAGAGACUAUUUUAGAGUUAUAAAAUAUAGGGAGCUCCUUUUCUAUGAUUGCGGAGAUCGGGUUGCUCAGUUAUUACACGUUGAACUAGUUGCGCCCUUCCCAGAGUGCCGAAGCAAUGAUGUUCGGCAAGAAAUGCUCAUUGUCAACACCCACUUAUUAUUUCCUCAUGACUCUAGUCUCUGUAUAGUACGACUUCAUCAGGUGUACAAUAUCUUGCAAUCUGUGGAAUCAUAUCAGAAAGAAAACAACCUGAAUUCCUUGCCGAUAAUACUCUGCGGCGACUGGAAUGGAAGUAAACGCGGCCAUGUUUAUAAGUUCCUUAGGUCUCAGGGGUUUGUUUCCUCCUAUGAUACUGCUCACCAGUACACCGAUGCAGAUGCGCACAAGUGGGUUAGCCACAGGAAUCAUCGAGGAAAUAUCUGUGGUGUAGAUUUUAUAUGGCUCCUCAAUCCUAACAGCUAUAGAAAAUUACUAAAGACAAGUUGGAUUGAGACUGUGUUUGGCAUGUUCAAGUAUUUACUGAGGAGAGCUUCGCCAACAGAAAAAGGGGCUUUUGCGUUUCUCAAGGCUGAUAAUCCUGGUGAUUAUAUCAACUACUUGGGUUUCUGUGAAGCACUUAGACAGCUCAAAUUGACUGACCCCAGCCAUGGGCUUAGUGCUGAAGAGACAAAGGACUUAUGGGUCCAAGCAGAUAUCGAUGGCAAAGGUUUUGUCACUUUUGAAGAGUUUCAGCAACGAAUCUGGAACCCCUCUUGGUCAGAGCAAAAGACGGAAGAGAGAAGCGAGUUUGAAGAUGGAAAAGGUCGUCAGGAGCAAACAAUCGGUUUCAGUGUGAAAAAUGCAGUUCUGUUCCCGCCUGAAGUGGAGAAAGGAAGGUGGCCUGAAGACUAUUCUCUCUCCGAUCAUGCUCGACUUACUGUGGUGUUGUCACCUAUAAAAAUGCCGUGCUCACAGUUAAUACCCUGACACUUAUCUGGUGCAUCUGGCUCCUUGGAUCUAGAGUCCAAAGCAAAGAAGAAGAUAUGGUCUCGAGCUCCAGUAAGAGCGGAAAGAUCUUGGUCUAGCUCACAACUUGAGUUGGCGUAUUGUUACAUUCUCCCGAUGCUGAGGUAUAAUUAUGACACGAUCACGGUAUUCUUUGCCAUCCAUAAGCAUCUCAUCAGACCCAUGCCAUGAGUGGACUAAGGGAUACCGUGAGAAGCUCAUUUCAGUUUUGUCAUUUCCCUCACCCAUAUUUCAGAUUAUUUUCACCAUCUUUAUCGGUCCUAGUGUUUAGGCACAUUUUUACUCCAUGACUUCCUAUACCCACUUAUUUUUCGAGAGUAGCUAUACUUGCAUCUUAAGCCUUUGGGGUUUUGCUCCCUCGGGUGUCGAUGCAAUUUUGGGGAAGCUAAUAGAAGCGGCGAAAGAAGGAAGGAGAGAGACAUGAAAAAUUCAGAGAAGUAGAUAGAUGUACAUUCCACAGAUGAUACGCAGUCUGUACACGAGAGAUUUAGGGAAUUUUUGUUUUCUUCUUUUUGUUCUAUGUCGCGAGAGAGUUUUGCUCUGGCUGACUACAGCAGAUUGUAAUUGUACAGAAACAUUGUCGUGAUAAUGCUGAAUAAGUGAAUAUACAGAGGGCGGCCGAGGGAUCAUUCAAUACA